UUUGUUUAAGCUGAGUACGAGGGAACCAACGAUAAAACACUUUGAAUUUUACGCCAUCAACGUCAUUUUCAAGAUACGCAGUCAACUUUAGAUUAUGUCUAGGGGUCCACCCCAUCGAUACAUUCCUGGUGACGAAAGAUCAUUCAGAGGAUAUCCACAAAGAUAUGGAGAAUUUUCCGGGUCAUCAAGCUAUGGCUACUAUGGAGGCCCACCUUACAAAAGACAACGCCGCCUUAGUGAUGAGGAUGUAGGGCCUCCAUCUGGGGCAAAUUAUGGUCCUGCUACUUACUAUGAUCCUCCAUAUGUAAGGCACCAGGAGGUUGGACUGGGGGAUUACAACGACUUUAGUUCAAUUAGUGACAAAGAUAUUAAGAUGGAAAGAGAGGGAAGUAAAAAAGAAUUUGAAAAGUCUGAACUUCAAACCAAAAAAUGGCAGACAUCUUCAGAAGGCAGUGGGUAUUCUACAAGUGCUCCAUCAUCUCCUCACUCUAGAGUGUCUCCAAAGAUCUCGCCACGCCUUUCUCCCCGGGUUGGACCAACCACCCCUCCAUGUUCAACAUCUCAGCUAACACUAGUCCCAGUUUCUUCUUCUGGACAAGAUCAGUCCAAAGCAUCAUCACCAUCAUUUUCAGAUGAAGCAGCUUCAUUUUCGAGGCAUCCUUCCCUGCAGGUUGUUUGUACAACAUCAUCAUCACAGUCCUUGAAAAUGUAUGGAGCUGCCGUGCAUGAAAAAAUAAGAGAUAGCACAGGACAACCAGCCCUGAUUUCACCAUCUGCAAGUGGCCCACAAAAGGAUUUUUACCUUGGCCCAACUAUUGAAGCAGUAUCUCCAUCAGCUCCAGGUUCUGAAGGCCAAAGUGAAGAAAAAAAGGCAAUGACAGAAGAUACCUCUGAUCUGAUGUCUAAAGAUGAGCUUCUUCGGGGGAUGGAGAAGGUGGAUAGUGAAAUCACACAGGUGGAACAACAGAUCAAUAACCUCAAGAAAAAACAGAAACAGCUUGAAGAAGAGGCUUCAAAACAGCCCAGUGAGCCACCAGAGGAAGAACUGCCACCACCAAAACCUAAACCCAAAAGUAUCAUUCAGAAGAUUUAUGAGGAAAACAAGAAAAAGGCUGAAACAGCUGAAGCAAGACUGGUGAAGCUAAGUCUGCCACUUCCAGGAGGAAAGAAUCGUCAACUCUGUAAAGAAUACAAGACUUUGAAGCUAGCAUGGCUAAAGAAAAUUGAGAGAAAUGAAAACAAUCCAAGAAGAAAGCAAAAGGAGACUAAACUGAGGGAAAUUUAUGAGAAGGUUUUUCCUGAAAUCAGGAAGCAAAGAGAACAGACAGAACGAUUUGCUAGUGUUCUUACCAUAACUGAUAAUGCCAACAUAAGAGAGUUACAUAAUGAGGAUUACUUGAAAAAGAUCUGGGGAAGAUAG